AUGGAAUAUUACUCCUCACUUGAUGCAUCCAAGCUCGACCAAGAAACCCCGACGCUUUUUGAGCUCAUUUCUGCAAACCAACUAGAGGCUCUUUUAUCUCCCUCUUUGCGGUAUGUUCUCGUGCAUUAUGCACAGAGAUACCCAGGCUAUCUUCUCAAGAUUACGAAUAAGUUUGACGAGAUAAAUCUUCUACUUCGGACCUUGGUGGAAUGGUAUUUCUUCAAAUAUUGGCGCGGGAGCUUCACAGAAAAUUUCUACGGAAUCAAGCGUGUGAGUCAGACGCCUCUCUCCAGCAAGAAGUACAAUGCUAGCAAGUUGACUCAAUUGACCCCUUCCAUGAUUGAAGAGCGCAGGGAUCUUUCUAGAGUCCAAUCUCUUGUGUCUAUUUUCGAAGUUACAGGCCUCUCAUAUCUUCGGGAAAAACUUAAUUAUCAAUAUGAACUUCUUUAUUCCAAGCUCAUCACAAAUCAGCUCAACGCUACGGAAGCAACAAGUACUGGCGAGGCUAGAUACAUAAAAUUGCAGUUAUUAUUUGUCAGGUUCUAUCCCUUUGUUCAAUUUGCCUGCAAAUUCUCCAAUCUUAUAACAACACUUUUAUACUUGAGUGGGUCAUGCAAGUCUCCAUCUUUGCUUACUUUUUUGUUCAAAGUGAACUACGCACGUUUGAAUCAGUAUGAUUAUUCGAGAAACGAGCCUUCGUUAUCCUCUGAUAAAAGCAGCAAACUUGAUAGGGUGAACCCUCCUUCUAACUUGGAGCGAUUUGCAAACAUACUUAAAGAUUAUGUCGCUAAGCCCUCACUCAAACUGUCAAAGAUCAUCUUGGGUACUAUUUUUCCUAUCGCCAUCUUUAGUCUCAAAUUCUUGGAGUGGUGGAAUAACUCAAAUUUCGCGCAAACAGUCGCUAAAUCUCAGAGAAAUGAUCUCGAAGAACCAAUACCUCCGCCUUCUCUGUUGAAAGCAUUGUUUAUUUACGAACAAAACCCUGCAAAAUUCUUUCGGGCGAAUAGUUCGUGUCCUCUUUGCAAAGAUGAGAUCCAUAAUCCCGCUAUUAUCGAAACAGGACAUGUCUUUUGCUAUACUUGCAUAUUCAAUUACCUUCGUGACUCUCAUAAAUUAGUGCGCAUGAAAAAAGCUGCAUCCGAGAACGGACUGUCGAGUGAGGAAGAACCUGAACAGGAAAAAGAUGACACCCAGGAGAAAAGAAUAUACAGCAAAAGUGAGCCAGGAACCUCUGAACUUUUUUUCAUUGAUAAAGGUGGCCGCUGUCCAAUAACAGGGCAAAAGCUCUUGGGCUGCAAAUGGAACGAGGUCACAGGGGAGUUUGAUGUCUGA